AUGGAGCCCGCUCGUGGUGGCAUUCCUGGCCUACCCAAGUAUAUAAAGACAUACGAAAGUGGCAAGUUUCUCGAGGGUUUGACCCGACAACCACCGACUUUGCUCGUUACCUCAAACAUCCUAUCUUUGACGUCAUACAAUCCGGCACAUCCCGGUUUGAGGAGCUCAACAAAGGAUACAACCAAAGAGAGAAAUCCUCCAGAAACUAAACAGUCAGCAGCUGCUUCAAAGAGUAGCUCCCUCUGGUCACUCCUCACAGUGCCAUUCUCAUGUGAAGCUUUUGAGGGGUCGGAUAUUCCUGCCAUGCUGAUGUAG